AUGACGGAGUGGAAUAACAGCUCGUGGAACCGCUCUACGGCGGGUCCGAAGCGCUUCAGCAGCCUGGAGGACAUAGACAUUCCCGCGGAUGGAUCUCCCGCGCUGCGAAUCCUCAUCUCUAUCGUGUACAGCGUGGUGUGCGCCGCGGGGCUCGUGGGGAACCUCCUGGUGCUGUUCCUGAUGAAAGCGCGGCGCGGGCGCAAGAAGCGCUCCAGUAUCAACCUGUUCAUCCUGAACCUGGCCGUCACGGACUUCCAGUUCGUGCUGACGCUGCCCUUCUGGGCCGUGGACACGGCUCUGGACUUCAGCUGGCCCUUUGGCGGCGCCAUGUGUAAGAUCAUCCUGUCAGUGACCGUCAUGAACAUGUACGCGAGCGUCUUCUUCCUCACAGCCAUGAGCGUCACGCGGUACUGGUCCGUGGCUUCUGCGCUCAAAGACCGCACGCGGCGGCGCGUGUGCCCGGUGCGGUGGGUGAUCGUGGGGCUGUGGGUGUCCGCCACAGUGGCCUCGCUGCCCACGGCUGUGUUCUCCACAGUGCGUAACGUGGCGGGGGAGCGCCUGUGCCUGCUCGGGUUUCCUGAUGGGCAGUCGUGGCUCGCGCUUUACCACCUGCAGAAGAUCCUCGUGGCGUUUGUGUUCCCCAUGCUCAUCGUCACGGUGUGCUACCUGAUGCUCCUGCGCUUCGUGCGCACGCGGAGCAUGAACAACAACCAGGUGAAGCGGCGCUCGCGCGUAACGCGCUCGGUCACUAUCGUGGUGCUGUCCUUCUUUAUCUGUUGGAUGCCAAAUCACGCCAUCACUCUCUGGGGGGUCCUGGUGAAGUUUAACGUGGCGAACUGGGACCGAACCUACUACAUGGUGCACACGUACGUGCACCCGCUCACCGUGUGCCUCGCGCACACCAACAGCUGCCUGAACCCGGUGCUGUACUGCCUCAUGCGCCGCGAGUUCCGAAAGAAGCUAAAGGAUCUGUUCUGGAGGAUGUCGUCACCCCCAGGCACAGGCGCGUGCCCCCUGCGGCCGUUCUCGGGCACAGUGCGCGCGGAGCCAGAGGACACGCAGGUCGUGAUCCCCCUGCAUCACGUGGACACGGAGAACUGCCGUCUGUCUGUGCUCACGUGCGACACCGAGACGCUCCCAAAGUGA